UAAAAAGAAACUUGCACAAACAUUUCAGUGCGCUGCUCAUCCUUCCAUCAGGUUUCCUCUGGAGGCUUUGAGCAUGUUAGUGAGUGUGCUGGCCUGGCUCUGCUCCUCCCUGCUGGGCUCUGCCGGCGGGGGGAAGCUGCCUGAAGCCGAGGUGCACAUAGAUGUUCUGCACAGACCUUUUCUCUGUCACCGAAGGUCAAAGUACGGAGACAUCCUGCUGGUGCAUCACGACGGGUACUUUGAGAACGGGACCAUGUUUCACUCCAGUCGAGCUGAAGGUGACAAGCAGGCGGUGUGGUUUACACUUGGCAUCAAAGAAGUGAUCAAAGGCUGGGAUAAGGGCCUGCAGGACAUGUGCUCUGGAGAGAAGAGGAAACUCGUCGUACCUCCAGCUCUGGCCUAUGGGAAGGAAGGGAGAGGUAAGAUCCCACCUGAGAGCACGCUGACCUUCGUCAUCGAGGUGCUUGAGAUCAGAAAUGGACCAAGGUCACAUGAGUCCUUCCAGGAGAUGGACCUCAAUGACGACUGGAGGCUCUCCAAGCAAGAGGUGAAAGUGUAUCUGAGGAAAGAGUUUGAGCGUCACGGUUACCCUCCCAACGACACUCUACAUGAGAACAUGGUGGAAGACAUCUUUACCAAAGAGGAUGAGAACAAAGAUGGCUUCAUUUCCUCCAGAGAGUUUACUUACAAACACGAUGAACUUUAAAUCUUCAUCCUGUCCCACAAACCCCUCCCUCCUCCCUCAUCCAGAGGCAGUGUUUUUGUCAGGUGUGUUACAUGUAAACUCCUCCUGUGUGCAACUUUGAGCCAACAAGUCAGUUUCAGUUAUGUUGUCAUUCUUUUUUGCAUUUUUGUGUGUUUACUUCUACAAAAGCACAAUCUACUCUGUCUUGCAUACAUAGUUAGGUCAAAUUACUUGGAAAUGUUGUAAAUUACUGAAUACAAAUCAUAUAUCAAUUCCUGUUAUUAGUCACAUAAUUUAUUGGAUUACAAAAUGCAUGCUUUGGGUGGGCAAUGAAAGUAGGAAAGUGGCUAAAUUUGGCUGUAAAAUUCCCCUUAAUGAACUUUAUUUCCUUAACAAAACGGAACCAGAUCAACGAAAUAAAUUGUGCUUUACUUUUUUUCCCUUUAUGAUAAACAAAUCUGUCAAUUUGUAGAUAAGAUUCUGGGAAUUUAAGUCAUGAAAAUGUGAAUUUUAGUAUUUUAAAUUUCAUAUCCAUCAGUAAAAUGGGUAUUUUUUACAGGGCAGCAGUGACUUGAAAAGCAGGAAAAGCAGGUGUAACCAAGAACAUAAUCUCUCAGUUUCAUGUUCUGUUAGGGCUCCCAGUAAGCCAGCAUACACAAUACUCAGGCCCUGGCGCUGGUAAACCUAAAUGGAAUGCAGCCAAUAUAAUUAUUAUUAUUAGAGACAGCUGUGAGAAAGAUGCAUCACAUGCAGACACUGCAGUGUCGAUGCUGAAAGGACGUAUUGUUCAACACUGUUCAUAAGCAACAUACAUGUUCUCUCAUUCUUUCACGACUUUAACCUACUGUGUCUUGGACCGUUCAGUUAUCUAAUUAUGAAUAAUUCUCUCUACCAGCAAACAUCAAUGGAAUACUCCUCUAAAAGGACAAGGUGAGAUUAAUGGCACCUUUUUUAUUUGUAACGUGCGGCAGGUUGUUUUUUUAGAUAUUGCAGACAGUAGAAUCUAGACAAUUCAGUUUCUAUAGCUUCAAGGUUCUUUAAUGUAAACGCAUUCUGGUGAAGGUUGAUUUUAACAUUUUUUUUAGCACCAAUGUGCUCAAUAAAGACAAUUUUCUUAACAAAAUACUGUGGUUUAUUUG